CGUGGGCUCGCUCCGGGAUUUAAACUUGAACGGCCGACCGUUAACGACAGCCUUGAGCGUGAGCGAGGGCGAUUGGUCCUCCUGCGUGAUUGGGAAUCUGUGGUCCUCAGUGGGCGGCGAGGAGACGACCCAACCCGCGGCAGCGGUGGUGGCGGCUGGUGACGUGCCUGGAGCCGGCAGCGGUGGACACUUCCUAGGCCAGGGUGCGGCGGAGGCCCGUGCUCCUUCCCCGGACCGCCGCGCGUGGAUUUGCAUUCCCUUCCCUGGCCGGGCUCUUGCAUUCAAGGUUUUUCCUUUUGGUUAACUCAAGUCAAGGCAAGCCAAAAUAUGGUGGCCCAAUAGAAGCUGUCUUAAUUGAAGAAAUAUAAUAUAAUCAACAAUUAUAUUUCACAUUAGAAGUAGAACCUGGAGAAAUUUUUCUUUAAGCAGUUGUAAUGGCAGAAAAAAGGCAGCCUUAUAGUGUAGAAGAAGCAAUGGAGCAACUGAUAGGACCCGGUGGACAAAAAUGGGCCAGUAUGGACCCAGAAGAACGAAUGUUAGCUGCUGCUACAGCUUUUACACAUAUCUGUGCAGGGCAGGGCGAAGGAGAUAUUAGGAGAGAAGCCCAGGCUAGCCAGUAUGAUCCCUACAGUAAAGCCUCAGUGACCCCAGGAAAGAGACCUACUCUGCCUGUGCAGCUGCACUGCCCCCACAUCAGAAGCCGUGUCACUUCAUCAACAUUUUCAGAGGCCUCCCAAAAAUGCAGAAAGCCAGUGAUGAAGAGAAAGGUUCUGCGCAGAAAGCCAGAUGGGGAAGUACUAGUGACAGAUGAGUCUGUUAUCAGUGAGUCCGAAUCUGGUACAGAAAGUGAUUUGGAUCUCUGGGACUUACGACACAAGCUGAUGAACCUACAAUUUCAAGAAGGCACAGAAUCCCCAAGUGAUGCUUCACAAAAACUUAACCUACCAUAUGAAUAUCAAGGAAUUUCACAAGAAAACCAGCUCAUUUGCUAUCUGCGAAGAGAAGAAAUGGGCCCUCCUGUUUAUGAACAAGACUUGAUUGUUGCCAGCAGACCCAAAUCCUUUAUUCUCCCCAGGCUGGAUCAGUUAAGCCGAAACCGGGGCAAGAUAGACCGAGUAGCCAGAUAUUUUGAAUACAAAAGGGACUGGGAUUCAAUGCGGUUUCCUGGUGAAGAUCAUAGAAAGGAGCUACGCUGGAAUGUCCGAGGACAAAUGCUUUCCAGAACAGAACCCCAGUCCAAGCCUCAACAUGUGUAUGUUCCAAACAAUUACCUAGUACCAACCGAGAAGAAAAGAUCUGCCCUUCGGUGGGGUGUCCGUUGUGACCUUGCAAAUGGUGUCAUGCCCAAGAAGCUUCCUUUCCCUCUUUCUCCUUCUUAAGUCUUUUUUACCUGUCUCCUUCCAUCGUAUUUAGGAUAACCUAGUUCUUUAUCUCUCUCCUUUUAAAUACAACUGACUUAAAAAGCCUGCAGAAUACAGGGUAAGGACUUCACUGGUCCUUCCUAUGUCACAUUAGGUACCAUACACCACUUAAAUUUCUAAACUGACAUUCUCAAAUGCAGCAAUUUGGGGGGUUGGGGGAACUACCUGAAAUGUGAAUUUUGUCAAAGUAGUAAGUGCCAUUUUGAAAAGACUUGUAAACUGUGGUGUUUUUUUAAUUAGUGGGUAUUAAGCUCAACUAUUAAAGAAUUUGGCAAAUGA